AUGCUUAUCGGUGCGGAUCUGUUUAGGGAGCUACUAUGUUCCGGAAAAAUUUCCAAUGGUAGCAACAAACCGAUAUUUCAAGAAACAAGGCUGAGUUGGGUGGUAUCAGGGCCAAUGGGCUCAUCAUUUAAAAACGAUACUAAGUGCAUGGUAAACACGGUCGCAAUAGAUUUACAUAGGGUCAUUUCAAAAUUUUGGGAAAUAGAGGAACUCAAUAUACCAAAGCCGAUGUCGGACGAGGAAAUUGCUUGUGAAUCGAGUUUCCGCGAAAAUACGCGUAGAGCAUCGGAUGGCAGGUUUAUAGUAUCAAUGUCACUUAAACAACCACCGCAAUGUUUAGGCGAAUCGCGAGCGCAGGCAAUAAAUCGAUUCUACAGCACAGAGCGCAUAUUGGCAAAAAAUCCAAAAUUAAAGGAACGUUAUAUAGAAUUUCUGGGAGAAUGCGAAAAAUCGGCUCAUAUGAGCUUAGUAGAAAAUGACGUGGAAAAUAUCGAAUAUUUUAUGACACAUCAUGGAGUUGUGCGCGAGGAAAGCUAA